AUGGAGGUAACACUUGACACUGUGGCCAAGCGUAGGCGGAUCAGUGCGGCCAUUAGUUCCAUUAUGAUAUAUCUUGUGGUGGUUGUCAUCGUCAAACAGUAUACUGAAUCUGCGAGUCGAAGGGUGUGGGAGGUCAGAAGCCUAGGGAAUGGAGUAUUUCUUAACAUUGUAUUUAGUAGUGAGUCAUCCUAUUUAUCUCAGAUUAGGAUGAGAAAGCCAUGUUUUGAUUCCCUAUGUCAUUUACUUGUUAUCCAUAGUGGACUUCGGCCAACCAUUAACAUGUCUGUCGAAGAGCAAGUUGCAAUGCUUUUGCACACUAUAAGGCAUAAUGAAAGGAAUAGUGUCAUACAUGUUACCUUUGGGUGUUCACAAGAGAGUGUAAUUCGGUAUUUCCACAAAAUCCUGCAUGUUGUACUUAGAUUGUACCUUAUGUUGGUUAUACAACCUAUUGGAGAACAAGUACCACUGGAGAUUAGGAAUGACUCCCGGUUUAUUCCAUAUUUUAAGGUGCAAUUGAUGGGACCCAUAUCCCAUGCAAAGUGCCUGUUGAGGAGCAAGGUCAAGAUUGUUAUAGCUUGUUGUGUGCUUCACAACCAUAUCAUGGGAGUUGAUCCACAUGACCGGUACACCCGAGAAGGGAUCCRUGAGGCAGACAGGCAAAAUACAUCCGAUGGGGAUGAAUUUGUGGAAGAAAGUGCCAAUGCAGAUUCCUUUGCACCAAGGCUACAAAGAAAUGAACUAGCAAGGUGGUCCACAUUUAGGGACCAGAUUGGGUCAGACAUGUUUCGGGACUGGAGGAGACUGCGAAGAUGA